UUGUUAGCCGUAUCAGUUAAGGACGGAAUAGAAACCUGGUGGUUUUUUCUUAAAUAGUUCUUUAUAAAGCUUUCCACUUUUUGGAGAAACUAUUCAGGUGUAUAGAUUGUGUUUCAUAAUACUUUUAUUUCCCUAACUUACACGCUUCUUCAAAAUCUUCAGCUGCUGUUUCAUAAGCUCUUAACGCGUGAAUGGAUAAAAAUAUGUUUUAUAUAAAUUCUUGCGUUUUCUAAGCAACAGUCUGAAAUCAUUGUUAAACCAAGAGACGUCCUUUGAUGUUAUAGUAACUAGUUUGUUAUGUAUGACAUUAGAAGCAACUCGUAAAAACUGUUCACUUUAGUCAUGAUGGAAUUUGCGUGUCUUAAUAUGAUGACAAGAGAAAUAGGAAAAAGAAACGAAAAAAAAAACAUUUUUUUCUACAAGGACCAAUGCUAAAAUUCAAAACAAGACAGUGAGGCGCUUUAAUCAGACUCAAAAGAAAUAAUGCAAGGAUAAUGCAUUUAUUUUGACAGUUGCGAUUUUUCAUUUCGUAAAAUAAAAUCGACCACUUUUGGCCAAAAUAAUGGGUUUAUUUGUUUGUCGUUCUUAAUAGCAUUAAGAAGAUUACGACAAAGUAAUGACAUUGAACAAGAGCUUAUUGAAAUUCAAACUGAAGAAAAUACACAAUCAACGAAAAAUCUUAAUUUGAUAGAAUUGUUACGUCAUUCUCGAUUUAAAUGGCCAAUAAUAACAUCAUUGGUAUUAAAUGCUAUUCAACAACUUUCUGGUAUUAAUGCAGUAUUUUUUUAUUCUGGUGAUAUGUUUUCAGCUGCCGGUUUAAAAGAGGAAAAAAUAUUUUAUGGUAUUCUAGCAACUGGAGUCAUUAAUUUACUUGCAACAUUACUUUCUCUAAGAUUAAUUGAAUUACUUGGACGACGACCAUUAAUAAUAUGGCCAAUGACUCUUAUUGUUCUUCUCAUGGUUGUACUAUGUGUAUUAGUCGAAGUGAAUAGAAGAAAAUCUCAAGAAGGAAUCGCUAUUGGUGCACUCAUAUUGAUUUUGAUAUUUAUCAUUUUAUUCGCCAUUGGACUGGGUCCUAUUCCAACUGUCUAUUCCAAUGAAGUAUUUGCAAUUGAAGCAAAAUCAGCUGGUUUAAGUUCAGCAAUGUUUAUCAAUUGGUUUUGUAAUUUUCUUGUAGCAUUACUAUUUUUACCAUUACAGAUGAUUAUGAACGGAUAUGUGUUUCUACUCUUCUUUGCUUGCGUUGCUGCGGCAUUUGGUUUAUUAUUUUUCAAAAUGCCUGAAACAAAGAACAAGAAAUUACUAGAAAUUGAAUCAUUUUGGAAAUGA